AUGGAGUCGCGCGCGCAACUACGCGCAUCAGCAGCGCACUUGAACAAUGUCAUAAACUAUAAUCCGACCUCCAAAUUGUUUCCACUCCGUCGGAUUCGACCUUGUGUUCGCCAAUCACCAAAAGAUAAAUUAACAACAAAACGUAUAAAUAAAGCCACUAACAGAAGGUGCUGUGUCAAAAUUACCGUUGGGACGUAUAAAACUUCCGGCCAGAAAAGAAAAUGA